AUGGCCACCCCCGAGCCUACCAGCCCCCCUAGGGCAACAAGCGCAGCAGCUCUCGAGCCAUCUGAUUCCAGGCAGAAUUCAGCACGGCUGAAUAGGGAUGAACGGAUCCGAGUAUUAACCCUUCGAGAUGCUGGAUUUACAUAUCUUCAAAUCUCUCAGCAACUUCAAAUUAGCUAUCGCCAAGUCCAAUAUACGUGCCAAAGCCAGCAAGCAACCCCUAAAAAGGCCCGUGGCAACCCUCCGAAGCUCUCCGAGGCUGAAGUUGAUCAUAUUAUCGAAUGGAUUACUUCUUCGAAGCGUACGCGACAUAAACAUAAACAAGUACGUCUUGCCUGGGCCCUAGAGCAUUUGAAUUGGACGACUGAACAAUGGAAUCGUAUCCUUUGGUCUGAUGAAACAUGGGUUACUUCAGGAUUUCAUACGAGAAUCUGGGUAACUAGAAAGGCUGGUGAAGAGUUAGAAGAGACUUGCAUACGAUCCUCUCCUGCACGGAAACGUGGAUGGAUGUUCUGGGCUACUUUUCAUGGGAAUAACAAGGGUCCGUGUUUAUUCUGGGAGAGGGAAUGGGGAACUAUUAACUCGGAGAGAUAUUGUCAACGGGUUAUACCAAUUAUUGAUGGCUAUAUUCGCUUAUUACGAGACGAUAUCUGGCUUCAAUUUAUGCAGGAUGGGGCACCUGGCCAUGCGAGUAAGGAGACUCUCGAAGAGCUUCAUUCUCGUGGGAUAUAUCCAAUUUAUUGGCCAGCAUUCUCACCUGAUCUCAAUCCAAUUGAAGCAGUAUGGAAUUGGAUGAAGGAUUGGAUUCAAGAACAAUAUCCAGAUGAUGAGCAACUUUCUUAUGAUCGACUCCGUGAGGUUGUACGAGCUGCUUGGGAUGCACUGCCUGAGCAGUUUUUGAAGGAGCUCAUUGACUCUAUGCACGCUAGAUGCCAAGCUGUAAUAGAUGCUCGAGGUGGUCAUACAAAAUAUUAG